AUGCAGGACGUGGCGGGCCACCCCGCGCGCGUGCCGUUCGGCCUGCGCGACUGCGCCACUGACUCGGAGGGCUCCGCCGCUGACUUCGCCUACCCCGGCGACUUCCCUUCGGACGACAGCGACUCGGACAGCUUCAGGGAUGACGAGGACAGCGGCGGCGAGCAGCAGGGCGCUGCCAAGGCGCCGGGGGCGGAUGGCGUCGAUUUCGAUGUCGUCGGCACGGGGGGCGUCGUGCUAACGGCGGAGCUGUUGGGCCAGGGCGCAGGCCCGGGGCGCCAAGCGGGCAAGGCGCAGACGCGGCGCCUGGGCGCUGGCGCUGCCGCCCUUGGGGCGCGCGGCGCCAACGGGAUGGGCUUCAGAAUCUCGAACGGGGCGUCGGUUGAUGCCGGGACGGAUGGGGGCUGGGGCCGCGAGGCGUGGAGCGAGAUCGACGAGAGGGCGCGGCGGGGCGAGCGGGAGGAAGGCAACGGAGGGGGCGAGGGCGGCGGAGGGGGUGGGAGGGGGGCACGGGGACCGGGCUCUCAGCGGAGGGGCCUGAAGGCCGGAAGGAAGAAGCCCCUGCGCACCAGGAAGGUGGAGACGAUACCUCCAGGAGGUGGCAAAAUCCGUGAAGUUUUCGUGGACAUCAAUGGCAUCCAGCAGGGCUGGCUGACUGGCCCAGCCAAGACCAGCAAAAUGAAGCCAAACCCAAGAUCCAACUCCAGCGUGCCACCAGGUACAGGCAAGAGAAUGCCUGCUGCAAGCAAGAAGGCUGCCAAAUCUGGGCAGACGCUGACAGGAGCCGUUAUUAAGCCCUUCACACUUCCAGAUGGUCCCAUCACCAUUCUCAGACGCCCACAGUCUGCAGGAGCCUGCCAGCAGCAGCACAGUCAGUGUGGGGCUGAUGCGCCUGUGGACUCAGGGGGCUAUCCUCGUGAGUACAUAACCAUCCCAGGGAUUAAACCGGCAAAGGCUGACGCCUGCUCCACGGGUGACAUUGCAGCCAGAGAAGGCGGUGUUUGCGAUGCUGCAAAUGGUGAACAUAGAGAAGGCGCUCUCAAGCUUCGCCGUGAGGCAGUGCUUGCACUGCCCACUGGCACAGUCUGCAUUGAGGCUGGUUUCGGUUUUUGUGAUGACGACAACAGUGACAUGCCGCUGGAGGAUCGAAUCAAGGCCGCCAGGCAGGCUGCAGAUGUUGCCAUGGCAGGUCUCUCCAUGGCCAAAGACGAGCUGGAGGAUCUUCCGCAGCCUGAGAAUCCUGUUGCCAAAAGCAAGAAACCUACCCAAGGCAGGGUAUCUGGAAAGGGACCAGGUGAUUCGGCCCAGGGGUUUGGAGAAGGCACGGACGCAUCGAGCCCAGAGAAACGAAGGCGCAGGAGGAAGUCUCGGAAGGGUGCCCAGGAGCGGCCCACUGAGGGGCAACGUGGCGCUGCAGAUGGCGGCGUCCGGCGUAGCCCACUUUUCCAACCCAGGUACCUCUUGACGCGAGGCACCAAGGCCAAGUCCACAGUCGAGCAGACUGGGGGCUGCCGCGCCGCUGACUCCACUGCCUUUGGUGCCCGCCCGUCGUCUGUGGCUGGUGUCCAUGGGCCUGCAGGCAUGCAGCGCGUGACCAGUGUUGAGUAG